UUCUCCUCAACCCCGUAAAGCACCAAAUCACCGCUUCCUUUGCAUCUCUUCUCCAAAAGAAAGUCUGUAAUCACUCAAAACAUUCUUAACAAAAAAUCCAAUUCAGUGCCUUUGAAAUCUCUCUCAUCCCAAGCCACCUUAGCUGCCUUUAUCUUCUCUACUAUUUCCCCACAAGCUAUCCUAGCCCUUGACAAGCCCGCACCCCCUCAACCCCCACCAGUAAUUGAGGUCAAACUCACCAAAUCUAGCCCCUCAAAUCCCUCGCCUUUCUCACAAAACCUCCUCCUCACAAUCCCAAAUCCCCAAUCCCAGAACAACUCUGACCUCCCAGAACGUGGCCAAUGGUGAUACAACGAAUUCUUGAACGCAGUGAAGAUGGGCAAAGUAGAGAGAGUUAGAUUCAGCAAAGACGACUCUGCUCUUCAGCUCAUCGCCAUCAAUGGCCGCCAAGCCACCGUAAUUGUACCCAAACUUAUUUUUUCCGAGGAGUAUUAACUAUAAAGCCCAUAUUUUCAUCGUUUCGUGUAUCCCAAUAGAACCAUAGGGUUUCUUAUAAAGAAGUGAGACCAAACAGAGACAUGGUGACAAAGCCCUCAUCUUCUUGUAAGAGAAAAGGAACAUACCUCCGUUGGAAACCCACGCCAAAGCUAUUCUUGGAGCUACGGCCAAAGAGAGAGAGUGAGAGUGAGAGAGAGAGACCCACACCACCGUCUAUGAGAGAGAGAGAGAGAGAGAGAGACAUGCUAGGGUUGAAGACGAACGGAGAUACUCAGAUCAGAACUGCUAUAUACCCCCGGGGAGUAUCCCCGCCGCGGCAUCUCGGCUGACGUGGCAGUUGCCACGUCAGCCGGUAAUUUAAAAAAAAAAAAAAAAAAAAAAGAAAAAAGUUCACGCGGGAUUUUGGGUGGGGGGGGGGGAAAGCAUUUCACGUGAAACAGAACUGUUUGAACUCCAGUUCUCCCACCUCGCCGACGAGCUGCAUUUCACAUUUUUGCAGCUGAUUUGAGCUGCCCUGAGCGUGGGAAAGAGAAGAAGCCGAGCGACGAAAGCUGCGCAACAGCCCAAAUCGGAACCAGAGACCGGAACCGACGAGCUUCAACUGGUUGUGGAAUAUUUUCCCAGCAUGGAAAAGGAGAAAGAACAACCAACUACGCAGACAUCCAAUAGCUCAAAUCCCCCAUCUAAGGCCAUACCAUCAACUAGUCAGAACAUUCCAAAUUAUAUGUCUGGUUACUUUGGACCAGUGCCUACGUGGUCACCAACUUUUCUACCAUAUCCGGCUGCUAACCAAUAUCCAAUCAACAUACAGAAUGGUGGUUACUCAUUUCAACAUAACAUGGAACCGCCGAGUCACCUCAGCAAUACAAGCUCUGCCACGAGUAAAAUAGUUGGUUCAGGGCUGGAUAAUACUACUGAUGGUGGGGAAUCUGAAGCGCCAUGUGGAUCUCCUAUAGUUGAUGACUCGAAUAAUGGCAGUGGCGAGAAAUCCCAGAAUGUCCAAAUGGUUAAUGAUGAUACGAUUGAUGAGCCAAAGUCGGGAAUGGAGUUUAAUUCCGUUGAAGAGCUAUUAAGUUAUUAUAAGGAAUAUGGUAAAAAAUGCGGGUUUGGGGUGAUGAUAAAACGGACUGAGAGGGAAGAAGAUGACUCUGUUAGAUACGUCACUCUUUCUUGUGCCCGUGGUGGGAAGGCUCGGAAUAGGACGCUGAAUGUCGCCAACCCACGUCCGACAGGAAAGACGGAAUGUAAGGCAAAGAUUAAUGCCUUAAGGCAAGAUGGAGUGCUUCGGUUGACGACAGUACAUAAUAUCCAUAACCAUGGUCUAAGUCCAAAGAAAUCUCGCUUCUUUCGAUGUAAUAGAGAAGUUAGUGAUGCCGUAAAAAGGGUCUUAGAUACAAAUGACUUGGCUGGCAUCCGAGCUAGUAAGAGUUACGGAUCUCUCGUUGUUGGUGCGGGUGGAUUUGAGAAUCUCCCAUUCUUGGAAAAGGAUUGCCGUAAUUAUAUUGAUAAGGCAAGACAUCUGCGACUUGGGGCGGGUGGUGCUGGAGCGCUCCAACAGUAUUUUUUACGGAUGCAAUACAAAAAUCCUGGGUUUUUUUAUAUGAUGGAUAUAGAUGAUGAUGGGAGGUUAAAGAACGUCUUCUGGGCAGACCCUCGUAGUAGAGCAGCAUACCAGUAUUUUGGCGAUGUGGUCACAUUCGACACCACGUACCUAACGAAUCGAUACGGUAUGCCGUUUGCACCAUUUGUUGGUGUAAACCACCAUGGGCAGUCAAUUCUGUUAGGAGCAGGCUUGAUUUCUAGUGAAGAUACAGAGACAUUUGUGUGGUUAUUCAAGACAUGGUUGCAAUGCAUGGAUGGUAACGCUCCGAAGGCUAUUAUCACUGAUCAAGAUAGAGCGAUGAAAAAUGCAAUCGCAAUUGUCUUCCCAAAUAGCCGGCAUAGAUUUUGUCUUUGGCAUAUACUGAAGAAAGUUCCUGAGAAGCUUGGCUCUUAUGGUACGUACAAAACUGGGAUGAAGAGUGCAUUGAUGAAAUGUGUAUAUGACUCCCAAUGUGUUGAUGAGUUUGAGAAAUGUUGGGAUCAGUUGCUUACCACUUACAACUUGGGAGAUAAUGCGUGGUUGCAGAGCCUAUACCUUGAGCGUGAGCAUUGGGUACCGGCAUUUUUGAAAAACUGUUUUUGGGCUGGAAUGAGUACAACGCAGCGAAGCGAGAGCAUGAAUGCAUUCUUUGACGGUUAUGUACAUUCUAGGACAAACUUAAAGGAGUUUGUAGACCAAUUUGAUAAUGCAUUGAAGAAAAAGAUUGAGAAUGAAAAUCUUGCUGACUUCCAAUCAUUUAAUGUGACAAUCCCCUGUAUAUCUAGAUCUCCGAUUGAGAAGAGGUUCCAAGAGUUGUACACGAUAGCUAAGUUCAAAGAAGUUCAACAUCAAGUCAACGGUAUCAUUGACUUGAAUCCAAAGUUACAUAAUUCUGUUGGUGCAAUAAAGACAUAUAUGGUUGAGGAUGAAGUUUGUUUGGAAGAGUUCACUAAGUUGGUUAAUCAUUCUGUGGACUUUAGUGAGGAAGACGCAGUCGCAAAGUGCUCAUGUGGCUUAUUUGAGAUGAGGGGGAUAUUGUGUCGUCACAUUUUGGCCGUAUUCAGGUGUAAUGAUAUUAAAUUUUUGCCUGAUAUUUAUAUUUUAGAUCGAUGGAGGAAGGAUAUUAGAAGGCGAUACACAUUAAUCCACAGUAGCUACGAUGCAGGGGAACAACACGCAGAUUCGAGCAGAUAUACCAGUCUCUUACAUAUCUGUUAUCAGAUGAUUACUUAUGCAUCGAGUACGAGAGAGAAUACUGAGGAUGCGAGAAAUAAGUUAAAUGCAAUGAUUGAGUUGUAUCGUGCUAAUCAAGAAGGCCCAUCGAUGACUCAAAUUGGUUCCAAUGUUGAGAGUAAGGCGAAUGACACUAUAGUUGGUGCUUCUGGGGAAGUACGUAGUCCACGUGUUGUACGAGGCAAAGGCAGACCUCCAUCUUUAAGGAGAGCAUCCAGGAUGGAGAUAGACAUGCGGAAAGCUAAAGCAAAGGCGAAGAAAGCACCAGCAAAGGGGAAGCGUAAAGAGCGGGAUGGAGGAGAUACCCAUGUCGUGGAUAAAGGAGAUACACCUGUGACGGAAGUAUACAGAAAUUUAUUUGGCCCUUCUGAGAUGGUUGUCUCUAAUGUUGGACACAUGCAGCAGGCUAUUCCCGAAAGAGGUGACGUGGCUAUCGACAUUACUGGAGCCCAGUCUCGAGAAAUAGCUAUUCAGAGUCAAGAAAGCAUGGAAAUUGGGUUGGAAAAUUCACAAUUUGUGCACUUCCGAUUGGACGGAUCACAACCUUUGGAAUGAUGUGACGGACGUGUUUUUGAUGGUUGGAUAAUGUGUGUAGGAUGAAAUAUGUGUGUAAUGAGAGAUUUAGGGACAAUCUUGUGCACUUGGAUAAUGUGAAGUGAUUUUAUAUGUCGUCACAGUUUGAUUUACUGAUGGAGUGACAUUUGUUGUGCACUUGGCUAAGAUGCUGGGUUUUUUUUGUGUAGUUGAUGAAUUUGGAUGGAUUUAGGUAAUUUUUGUAUAUUAAGUGCACUUGGAUUUGGAAAAACUUCGGUUGAAUUUUUUGUGUAGUUGAUGAAUUUGGAUGGAUUUAGGUAAUUUUUGUC